AUUCACUAGUGUAAGGCCCCCUGCUCUGUCUGGUAGUUCUGUUAUUCGCAGUUCUCCUCACCUGGCACCGUGAUGUGGUGAUUAAUAUCAUCGAUCCUUUAUCAUUAUUAUCCCGCCGCAUUUUUGGAUAUCCAGAAUCUGUCAGACUCAAAUAUGCCCAUUACCCACCCAUCAACCACACAUCGCUGCCCUGGAUCCAAGUAUUUCACACUCAGGAGUUGUGGCAAAAGCCUCUCUCCUCUCUUUCAUGGUCUAGCGUUGGCUUGGGGUAAAUGCUGUAGUCAUGCACAUCCAGCCAAUGAUCCAAAGCCGGCUAAACGGCCCAUCUCUUAGGGGCAAACCGGACUCCGCAGUGAGCCAUAAUAUCGUUAGAUGUUGAAUCUUUAAAGUGUUAACUUUUACGCCCAGUUGUUCACAACUCCAAAGCCACGCAUUGCGAAUCCUCGCGGCAUAGUAGCACUAAUCUUUGAAUUUGCGGUCACAAUGGCUCCCAUCAAAGUCGGCAUCAUCGGCUACGGCUUCGCAACAAAAUGCUUCCAUCUGCCCUACAUCCUCCCCAACCCGGAGCUCGAGGUCUACGCCUUCUUACAGCGGGCAGCGCCUCCCAGCGAGACAUCGCAGAAGACGCCGGUCUGGGGCCACUGCACCGUCGACUUCCCGCAAGCGAAACACUAUAGGACAGCGGACGAGUUCUUCGCCGACGGACAGGUUGAACUGGUUGUUGUGCUUACUUCAACCGCGCAUGGAGAAUACGUCGAGAAGGCACUCCUUGCGGGGAAGCAUGUGGUUGUUGAGAAGCCGUUCGUUCCGACUAGUGCUGAGGCCGAUAGACUCAUUGCCCUGGCCAAGGAGAAGGGCAAGGUCUUGACAGUUUUCCACAAUCGGCGGUUCGACAGUGAUUUCCGUACGCUCCAUCACCUCAUGAACCAGGGUGCGCUUGGCGAUGUGCUGGAAGCAGACAUCCACUUCGACUAUCCCGACCCGGGCUGGAUCUCGGGGUGGGCGGGGAAAAUAGAAUACAUCCCUGGCGAGGGCAUGACAUUCGGGCUUGGCACGCACACACUUGACCAAGCACUGUACCUUUUCGGUCGGCCUGCUUCGGUGACGGGGUUCUUGCGCUCCAACCGGGGCGUCGAGAGCGAGAUCGACGACACGUUCACCAUCAUCCUGCAGUACUCUGGUGGGAAGCACAAGAGCCUCCUGGUUACGGUGAAGACGGCUAUUGUCACCGUCAUGAAGGAUCAGCUGCGGUUCUUCGUUCGAGGCACCCAGGGGACUUAUCUGAAGUUUGGGACAUGUCCGCAAGAGAGCCAGGCCAUCGCUGCACCAGGGCAGCCGGCAACCCGCCCGGACUGGGGUGUCGAAGACCCAAGGAUAUGGGGCACUCUCACCACGCGAACCGAGUUCGACGCGGAAAGCCAGCGUUUUGACGAGGGCAGCAAGACGUACGUUGGCCAGUACCCUAGUCUGCCGGGCUGGUAUAGGGGAUAUUACGAGAACGUAGCGGCGGCCAUUCGGGGAAGGGAAGACGUCUUUGUGAAACCGGAGACGGCAAGGGACGGGCUGAGGAUCAUCGAGCUGGCGAGGGAGUCGCAUGAGAAGGGCUGCACUGUUGCUUGGUCAUAGUUAGAACUUAGACCGAGUCUACCCAGAGGGCUCCUUCUCAUCGGUGAUUUGCCGUAUACAAUACAUACCUUACAUGACAAGCAGCUGCGCAGGCCUUGUGGCCCUAGUGGUGACCGGGCGUCAGGCAUGGCUUCCCC